CUUUUCCAAUGUGAGACUUGAGACUUUUAACUUCACAUGUGCUUUUGAUUCUCGUUGGCAGACAUUUAAUUUUGUAUCAAAGUUUAAAUUCUAAAUUGUAAUUGAUUUCCCUUUGUGUUGUAACUCUAAUAAUCUCAAUUAUGUCGGAAACUGAAUCAUACGACCGUAAACCCCGAGGUGGUGGUGGUGGAUUCAGAAGAGGAGGUCGAGGUGGUGGUAAACCUUACGAUCGAGAUGGUGAACGUGGUGGCGGUGGUGGUUUUCGCCGCGGAGGUUUUUCAAGAGGUGGUGGUGGAGGUAAUAGGAGAGGCGGUGGAUUCCGUGGUGGUAGAGAUGGUGGUAAUCGUUUCCAACGAGGUGGUGGCAGUUACAGGUCACAGAAUUGGAAAAGUGCUGUUGAUCAUGGAUUAAUGCCACUUCCAGAUGAUGUUGAAAACCGAUUAACCAAAUUACGGAAUUCAUUGAAUGCCAAAGGAACCGAUCCAGAGGAGAUAAAGAAAAUAUUACGAAUGGAGAGACGAAAUGCCGAAAAUGAUACGAAAAAAUCAGUUAAAAAUGCUUGUUUCAGGUGUCGUGGUUUUGGCCAUAAGUUAGCUGAAUGUCCUCAGGCUAAAAAUGAUACCAUGAGUGAUGUUUGCUACAAAUGUGGUUCAACUGAACAUAAAUUGUUUGAAUGUAAAAGUAGUAAACCAGGACUUGAUUUCGCUCGGUGUUUUGUCUGUUCACAGGAAGGUCAUAUUGCUCGAGAUUGUCCGGAUAAUAGGAGAGGUGCUUAUCCUAGAGGUGGUUCUUGUAAAAUAUGUGAAAGUAUUAACCAUUUAGCCAAAGAUUGUCCGGAAAACGAGAGGAAUGGACAAGAUGAAGAUGGCGAACCGGAAGAGGAAUAUACUUUGGACACAAUGGGAACCACGGGAAGUGCCGAUGCUCAAGAUUUUAUACCAAUUGCGAGGGAAAAGAAGCCCAAAGUGGUCAGAUUUUAACGAACGGACAAACACAUCUCCCCAUACACAAAAAUCGAUCAAUUUAGUUACAAUAUUGUGUAAAUUUUGUCUUCUUACCUCUUCAAUCACAUGGCGAAAAUUUAAAUUAUUCAUAUUUAACAAAUUGUUAUCAUCUUUGUAAAAACAAAACCAAAACUCAACGAGUUUCAAUUGUUCAUAUUGAAAUUGAUUAUUUUCCAUAUCACAUGUAAUCCAAAUCGAAUUAAAAUAUUGACGAUUCAUUAAAAUAA